CUUCAAAUGUCAAUAUGGCGAACACUGAAAUGCCGCAAUGCAACACUUUUGAGAGUUAUAAUUCUAAUCGAAUGAUCAGUGCGUCUUUCGCAUCUCCUCUGAACUCUUUAUCUCAGCAGCUUAACAGCCCUCAUGCAGGAAGUAAACGGAAGGCGAAUGAGGAUCAAAACACAAACCCUGUACCCCACAAGCAAACAGCGCGUCUUGAAACUGUUGAACAGCAUCCCCAACGAGAACUAUUUUGCGAAAUCUGCAACGUACAGCUUAAUUCGAUCACUCAAACUUUACAGCACAGAGAGGGGAAAGCUCAUUUGAACAAACUCAAGAAGGUUGAGGAAUUUAAAACGGUAUGCUCGGUCAGAGAAUUUAUUUGUGAAAUAUCUUAAUUUAACAGUAGUUGUAGAUAAGUGUGGUUCAUUUAUUCUUUAAAUAGGUUUUUUUUUUUAACAUAAGUUUUGAUUGACAGAUUGGUCGUGUGUUCCAGUAUUUUAGGGGCUGACAAAGUUUUUAGAUGAGUGAAAUCAUUUUCAAAUCAAGUUUAAAUCAAACUACGUGCUGUUUUCGUCAUUUAUAUCUUACAAUUGUCAAUUGCUGUUGCUAGGGUUUCCCGUUUUUAAUUUAACUGCCAGCAGGUCUUUGGGCUAAUUUGCGGUCUGGCGCAGCUUCUUCAAGCCUAUUAUUUACAUGCACCUAAACAAGGAAAUAAAAAUAAGUAAGGUGCCCUUCGAUCGUGAUUCAACUAUUUUUAUUCUCGAAAAUAUUGGUUUUUUUUUGUUUUUUCUUCCAGCACGAUUUACAUUACAGGUAGCUAAAAAGUAGCCAAAUGCAAUCAUAACUCCCACUUCUUUGCAAGAUCAUCAAAUCCUGUGGAGAUUUCACAACUAGAUUACAAGGAUCAGCUGUUUUUCAAGCUGUUCUUCCUCAUGAAUAUUUCAUAAAAAAAUGUUUAGUUAGUUUUAUAAACACCUCUCAAUGGGUCAUAAUUAGCAGACGAGGUACAAGUCUGUAUGUCUGAUAUUUUUGUCCCAACAACUUCCUGUGAGAUUGAAAUAUUUGAGUGGCUCUAAUGUUAUUGUCUAUUAACCUUUUCAAUUGAUUUCCACAACAAACAAAAAACAUCUUUAAUUUUCAUGGCAUGACUGACAGGAAUCAUGAUUUUCUUUCAAUAAUUUCAUUCAUAUAUCUUUAGUGGUAAAAUCAUUAAUUCCUUCCUAUGUUUUCUGUUAACAAGCAAUUAUUACUGGGUAUAUCUUUCAGAGAUGACAUGAUUAAAAAUUUUGAAGGCCAAGGUUUUUCGUUAUUAGCUGAUAAAAAAUUUACAGUCAUUUAAUUGCGUAGAGCUACAUUUAAAUAUUUAAAACAAAGAAUUUGAUGCCAAAUCUUAACUGCAAAUGAAUUUUUAACACCCUAACCUUAUCACUCUACUGACAGACCAACUGGAAAGUUCAUUUUAUGAAUGCAUUUUUAAGCAGAAUGGGAGAGUGCAAAGUAUAAAUCUGUUUAUUUUAGGUUUGGCAGAAUUCCACGGAACACAACUCUACCAACAGUGUUUCACUUCACCUUCAAGUAAAUCACAAUCUUCCUCCAGUCAAACAAGUUGGAAAUGGAAAUCUACAGUGUGCAAUCUGUCAAAAAUCAUUCAACUCAGAAUCACAAGCAACACAGCAUUUUCAAAGCCCAAAACACAGACAGAAACUGAAUAGUGUAGAAGAUAGUAGAGAGGAGAUAAGUUCUGCACCAGGAGCAAAUGGAUUGCUUACACAACAAGAACUUAAUACAGAUGGAACAAGUCAUUCCUAUGAUGUUCCUGGAAAUGUAGAUAGAACUUUUCCUCUGUCACCGGCAAAAACUAAAGCUAUGGAAUUAUACUGUGAGAUUUGUGGUUUAAUGAUGAACUCCAUAAUGCAAAUGAAAACUCAUCUUCAAGGAUCAAAGCACAAGAAUAAUGUUGCAAGUAUGUAUCAGAAUUUCUUCCUGUUUUCUCUCUUAAUCCUUUAACUCCCAGGAUCUGAUUGUUAAUUCUCACCUCUAGCUGCUACACAUUUCCUUGUAAAUUGAUUGCAAGAAUUUUGUUUGAUCAGGAUAAUAACUUUUACCUGAUAUAUGUGGCAACUCUCAUUACCUGUUUGCUUGAUAGUGGGUGGAUAUUGUUUGGAGAAGUUACAUGUGAAUCACUUCUGGGAGUUAAAGGGUUAAACAAUGAUUAACCCUUUACUCAUUUUCAGAUGAUCAUUGUGCAAUUUCUCCUUACGACUCAUCAAGUCAGAACAAUAUGAGAAUUUAAAAAAAUUAAAAAUUGGAGGAUGUUUAAUCGAUCCAAUGCCAAAAUCUUACCGCCAAAGUACAAGCAAAUAUAUGAUGCUCAUUAAGGAGAAUGUCUGCUUAGAUAUUGGUAGUGAAACAGUAACUGUUAUUACUAAGCCAAAAUUUAAUGGCUUUUCUGUCACUGAGCCUGCUGAAAGGUUUCCCUGUUAACCCUUUAACUCUCAGAAGUGAUUAACAUAAAACUUCUCCCUACAAUACCCAUACAUUCUUCAGCAAACAGGUAAUGAGAAUAUUCAAACUUAUCAGGUAGAAGCUGCUAUCCUGAUCUAGCACCAAGUUCUCAUAUUUAUUAUUUGUAACGCACAUUUACAUGUGCAUAAUAUAUAGAUUUAGGCAAGCCUAAAAGUGGAGCUCGAAUUUUUUUUUUUCCUGCAUGUCUCUUCAACAAACUAAAGCCCCUACUAUGGAUAAAGUGUGUGGUAAUAUUAAUGGAUUUUCAUUUGCAACUUCUCCAUGUCCAUGUAGAGGACUGAUUAUAAGGUAGUGCCCGUGGUACAGUUGGCUGCACGUGCUAAAAGUAGCACCUUGUAUGGUCGUAUGGUCGUAUGGUCGUAUGGUCGUAUGGUCGUAUGGUUGUAUGGUCGUAUGAUUGUACGGUCGUACAGUUGUAUGGUCCUACGGUUGUAUGGUCGUACAGUCAUACAGUUGUACAGUUGUACAGUCGUACAUCCAGAUUUUUUUGGCUAGAUGGGUUACUACUAUUUUGUAAUAUAUAGAUUUAGCCACACUCUGCAAGCUCCGCUAUGAUCAAAUGCGCAAAAUACUUUCAAUUAUGCCUUUUAUAUGAAUUCUAUUUUGUUUUUUUAUUAUCUGCACUAUUUGUAAUGAAGACUUAUCUCAAUUAUUUUUGCUAAAGUCUUCCUUGAUAUGGUUGUCAAGUAAGUUUAGCCCUUGUUAUUUGUGGUGCUCAGCAAGUUUGUUUAUUCUAUAACUUGAUAUGCGGUUUCAUUGUGUUAGAAAGUUAACCCUCUAACUCCCAUGAGUGACCAAUACAUAAUUUCUCCUUUCAACAGCAAUACAAUAUCAGGUAGACAAGUGAUGAGAAUAAAGAAAAAUAUCAAUUAGGGAAUUAUAACUUGAUCGAAUACCAAAUUCUCAAAACUAACAUCACAAGAACUGUAUUGUAGACAGUAAGGAGAAUUACUAAUGAGAUCUUGGGAGUUAAAGGGUUAAAGAGCGAUGAAACAUUGACAUUGUUGUUAUGUCUCUACUUGUGCAGUAAAAGUAUGUUCUUUUGAUGAUCUCUAAAGAUUGAUUUACUGUAGAUCAAAGAGAGAAUAGGCAAAGAUCCUUCAGAAGGUCAAUUCAUAGCAGAGAGGGUCUUUGAGUAAUUAACUGUUCAGUCAGUUCUGUUCAUUGUUACCUUGCAUUUAAAAUUUCAGACAAGCAACCCAAAAACCAUCCUCAAAUUGAGUUGCGCUGUAUGGAUUGUACUACAACUUUUAAUUCACAAACACAGAUGAUCCAACACAUGACAAGUCCAAAGCAUAUGAACAAGGCAAAAAGGAAACAAACAAAUGGACAGUUCACUGCUUCAACAAGAGGUAGAGGACGAGGUUGGGGGUUUGGAAGAGGGAGAGGAGAAGGUAUGUGACAUCAAUAAUUUAUUUCUCCAAACUGUGUGUGAGGGGAGAUAUGGGGUCAAUCUGGGGUCCUGCUUCCCCACAAAAAAUUUGUUAUUUUAAAAUCUCUGAAAGAUGAUUUACAGCUUCUGGGGGACAUAUUUGAGUCAGUUUCCAUUUGCUAGACAUUGAUCUUGGAAUCACUUCAAAAAUACUUAAUUCUGUCUUUGAUCACAAUUCACAAAAUAGCUGAGUACAAAAUGGUCUGACAUCUGACAAGUUUUCCGCCAGCCUGAAAUAAUGCAGUUGUCCAUCAGAACAAGGAGAAAUAUCACAGGAUCAAUGAGAAUGCAAAUUAAAACAUCUAAGCUGCCUAAAGUACGGGAAACUAUAACUCUUUAUCCCCAAAGAGUGAUUAGCAUCUAAUUUCUCCUCACUAUAUCACCCCUGAAUCAAACAUGAAAGUCAUGAGAAUGGAGGAGAUGAUCACCAACUAUAGCAGCUCUUGAUUGUUACACAAAUUCUCCUUGUCAGCCUCUUUGGAAAUGUAUUGAGAAUAGUGUGGAGAAUCUGCAUACUGAUGUUAGGGGGAAAAGGGAUAAUAAGUGACAAAGUUGCAGUUGAUAUUAUGAAUGAAGGGGUAAGUUUCUAAAGAAACUGUGGUGCUGCGUCGGUGGGAGAGUAUAGCAGGCAAUCUAUCACUCUGACGAAGGGCUAACACUUGAAACGUCAGCUUUUUUACCCUUUACGGUGGCUAAUUUACAUUUUCAACUCAGUUGUUAACACUAAAUUACCUGCCGUUUUGCACCAGAUUACUUAUAAGGAGGUGGUGUGAGAUCAUUAUUAUUAUUAUUAUUAUUAUUAUUAUUCAAUUAAUAAAUGAUUUUUCUAGCAUUCAGAGGGGGAUACAGCCAUAGGGGAAGGGCAACAGCCAAGCUUCCUCCACUUGCAGCAAGUUUUGUCAAGGCUGAUACUAUGAUGAGUAACCAUGGCAACCAUUUCUUCCACUCUGUACAGUCAACAAUAAACACUACACAAUUUCCUGUUGGUCCAUCUUUCCAGCAGCCAUUUACUUAGGUUUUUUUAAGAUUAGAAACAUACUUUAGCAAAUGGCAAGAAAAAAGAUUUACAAGAUGUGACAUGUCAUGUAAACAAUGGUAAGUUGGCUCUGGAAAAUAACAGCUUUACAAGGCGCAUUUAUUUUUAAGAGGCAAAACUGAUGAUGUUUUGGCGUAGCUACAUGAAAAUGUUCAACCUUGAGUCUGUUUCCAUUUUUUCUCCUUGUUGUAACCAUUGUCACACGAAGGUACAGGAAAAAUCUAAAGUUACAGACUUGUGCAAAAUUAUUUGAAUUUUGAACAUCACAAAGGCUCAUCAAAGAAAAGUUAAUUCAGUUUGAAAAGGAAUUAAAAUGAAAUUUAUUUCAUCGAAAAUUAUAAUGAGAGAUGGAAUUUUCACCUCAGAACUGGAAUGAAGAGAUAUAUCACUGAUGUCAAGAGAGUGGUACUAAGGUGGAACUUUCUUAAAAACAACAAUUUUUGAAACCUCUAGUUCUUGAAUAUAACCUUUAACUCCCAUGAUUGACCAAUACAGAAUUUCUCCUUACAAUAUCAAUACAAUAUCAGCUAAAUGAGUGAUGAGAGUAAAGAAAAUACCAAUUUGGGGAUAAUUAGUUGAUCCAAUACUAAAUUCUCUGAUGUAACAUUAUAAGAAUUGUAUGGUUGACAGUAAGGAGAAAAACAAAUUUGAUCUGGGAGUUAAAUGGUUAACCAAAUUUACAAUGUGGUUUCAACAGCCUCCCACCCCUUCCCUACCUUGUCUCCCACCUAUACUAAGACAUUUUGAAAAGGGUAGGGGGAGGGGGGAGGGGGAAGGGGUAAGUCAAGUUUGCCUGGGGUCAACAGGGUUAGAAUGUAUGAUACUUACAUGUUGAUAUGUUUGUAAAUAUUGCAAUUUAUUGAAACAAAAAUGGAAAUCAAAAGAAUUACAAAUUUAUACAUUAAAUUAUUAUUUCGAAUGGCUAUAGAGAAAAAAACAACAACUGAUGUUCCCAGCCACAAAUAUUAUGCACUUGUAAUUUCCUGA